CACACCCAGGGGCGCACUGACAACUCAUGGAGCCCCCGGGCAAUAGGGGAUCAUGGGGCCCCUGUGUCCUUGGCCAAACUCAAAAAAGCCUAUGAAAAAGGUACCAGGAGCAUCUCAUGGGCCCCCUACUGACCCCAGAGCCCUUGGGCAGUGCCCGAGUUUUCAAAUGGUCAGUCCGCCCCUGGCCACACCUGAUAAAGUCGGUCCAGGCCUAGGUGUAUCCAGCCAACCCUGCCAUACCUGCUGGAGCUUACGAUAAGCAUUGCGAUGUCGAAUAGCUGGUUCAUUUUAGAAGAUGGUUAUAUUCUUUCUAAUUUAUUUUU